GCCCACAUCUUGCACAUGCGCAAUGGGGAUUCCGUCAUGGCUGACAAGCGCUGGCCGGGCUGUGCAAGCAGCUUGAAAGGUGUCAUUUUGGAUUUAUGUGGAGUUUUGUACGAUAGCGGGGAAGGCGACGGAGUUGCUAUUCCUGGUUCGAUAGAAGCUGUGAAAAAGCUGAGAGCGUCCGGUCUGAAGCUGCGCUUCUGCACCAAUGAGACCCAGGCGACCAGGGAGAAGUUUGUAGCCAAACUGCAGCGGCUGGGCUUUGACGUGAACGUGAGUGAGGUGUUUCCUCCUGCUCCUGCUGCCGUCGCGCUGCUCAGGGAGAGAGGGCUCCGGCCUCACCUGCUGGUGCACGCAGGACUUCUCCCAGAGUUUGAUGAUGUUGACAAGAACAACCCUAACUGUGUGAUCGUCGGAGAUGCAGCUGAACAUUUUUCCUACCAGAACUUAAAUGAGGCGUUCAGGGUCCUUAUAGGCUUGGAGAAGCCAGUGCUGUUCUCUCUUGGCCAAGGGAGGUACUACAAGGAGAUGGAUGGUUUAAAAUUGGAUGUUGGUGUUUACAUGAAGGCUCUUGAGUAUGCUUGUGAUUUAAAGGCUGAAGUAAUUGGAAAACCGUCCCCCACAUUCUUCCAGAGCGUUCUCAAUGACAUGGGGCUUCAACCACACGAGGCGCUGAUGAUCGGGGAUGAUCUUGUAAGUGAUGUAGGCGGGGCACAACAUUGUGGAAUGAAGGGCGUGCAAGUUAGGACGGGCAAAUACAGGCCCGGUGACGAGAAGCACCCCACUGUGACCGCCGACGGCACCGUGGACGACCUGGCCCAGGGCGUGGACAUGAUCCUCAGCCAGAGGAAGCAGUGAGCGCAGGGGCGUCACACCCAGAGGACCCUCCACUCCCGCUGUGACCUGCAGUCACCCAGUAGUGUUAACAUAUAGCUGCUUAAAAAAGGGGAAGGGGUGCUCCGCGUCCAGGUAAUUCAACUAAAAUGUCAAAACAGUACAAGAAUUAACAAAACUAUCCACAUACAGCGUAUCCUGUAUAAACUAUCACAACUCACCACUCUGUCAAACACGGGAGAGACCCAGAUAUCUGCUGCUUCACAUUGUUAAACUGACCUCACUUAAGAAUUUCCACAACUACAAUUUAGCUCCGCGGGAGAAACGGUUGCGGAUGCUUCAGAGCUGCGUUGUGUAUCUGUCGAAAGCAUGAUUGGCGUUGAUAAGAUACCUCAAGCUGACACAAAUGUGCCUGCACCCAGCUGCUGAUUUACAGUUAGAUGUGGAAAGCAAUGCUGUGUAUGUUCAGACGCUCUGCUGACGUUACAGGCUCCCAUUCUUUGACUGGCUGCUGAACGUGAGGGCAGGUUUUCUUUUGCAGUCAAACUGCAUUUGCACUAUUGCUCACAAAUGUAGAUGUGUUAUUUUAAUAUCAAAGUAAAUGUUUGACUUUGAUUGUUAUGAAUAAAUCUACCUUACUA